CCCCAAAUAAUCCCCCAAUACGUGAACAGAUGAUCUAUAUUGUUUACAAAAUGUCGGCGUCAUUUAUUGUUAAACCCAGCUAACAACAAUGGGUUCGCGAAUCCAAAAAGGUGAAUUGGGUUCGUUAAUAAAUAUUCACUGGUUUCCCCUCGCCUCUCAGGGCAACGUCUACUCCAUGUCAAAAUUGUGUUCACCAUGUGGGGUUAACAGAAUUCUCGUGGCUUCCUUGAAACGUAGAAUAUAUUCCUGCGAGUAUCACCAGAGUAACGACAAGAUCCUGAGGCCCAUCGUCAAGGAGUUGCUUUUCACGUACAUCCCAAAUGGAGCUGAGAUAAUCUCGAUCGAUGCAUUUAAUAAACAACCCCAUGACGAGGAGUUCAUCAUCGGUAUCACGAUAAUAAAACCAAGUGGAGAGGGAACAGUCGAGAGGUACCUCAAUAUUUAUUCAGAAACAGCUGGUGAUGGUGAGAGUGGAGAGACAUCAAUUGAAACGAUCGCCCAGAAUUGUCUCUCCAUGGAGCUCACCUACACACCCUACCUCCUCUAUCACACCCUCAUUUGUGAUAAAGAAAUCGGAGAAGAGAUCGUUUGGCUCAUAUCUGGGAAUGACAAUCAGAUUCACAUGAUUAGAGAGGACAAGCAAACACACGGUUACGUGGAAUCACGAAUCGACAAGUAUUUCCCGGAAUUAAUUAAUCUGCAGGCUCUGGUUCUGGGAAUUAGUGUUUAUUACUAUCACGGUAACAAGAUGAGAUUAACGGCCAUUUCCUGUGAAUGCGGACUUGUCAAGGUGAGUCAGGUGGACGUGGAGGGCUCGAGGAUAAUUAAAGAAUGGGUACUGAGGUACGACAGGCCGGUAUCGAGUAUUCAGAUAUUUUCUCGAUACAAUUCCGUGGUGUGUGAUUUUAUCAAGACAGAAGGGGAUGGCGAAAAGGAGGACAGUCCUACUCUCGAUAUUCUGGUCGUUAAUGCAAUUAAUUCUGCAAUAGUUUUCAUGGACGUUUUGCGCACUGGAAUGAAGAUCCAGAUAAAUCUCCCCUCGAUGGAGACGUCGGACUGCACUUUAUCCUCUUGUGUAGCUGAUAUUAAUAUGGAUAGUGUCAAUGAGAUAUUGUUGGGGACGUACAGUCAAGAAAUUUUUGUUUUCUCAUACUCUAGUCACAAUUCUUCUUGGAUUCUGUUGGAUAAACGAAAAUUCGAUGCUCCAGUGCACUCCAUGUGUUAUCUAGACUUGACUGGAGAUGGGAUGAAAGAAUUAGUCGUCCUCACGCAGAGGGGAGUUUAUAUUUUACAGCAUGAUCAGAGAAGAGUGCAGCAUCUCCUGGAGGAGCGCAUGAAGGAGUUGACUAUAAGACUGUCUAAAUCUUCCAGUAGCAGAGAAACGUGAAAUUAUAUUGAGACUCUUUGUUUUUGUUAUGUAUACGGAUAUAUGCGUUGAAAAUAAAUU